AUCAUGUCACACAAGUUACUUUUUGGCAAGGAGUUAGCCUCCUACGAUGAUGAUGAUAUCGAUGAGUUGCUCGCCAAAUUAACAGAAGAGGAGAUUGAACAACUCAAUGAGGACUUGGAUCCGGACAACACAUUGUUACCUCCAUCACAGCGCUGUCGGGAUCAAACAAAAAAAGCGCCCACUGGUCCGUUCGAUCGGGAAAAACUUCUCCGGUAUGUGCAUUGUGAAUUUUUCACUUCUCAAUAA